CGUGUAUUAAGCAGCCUAAGUAUAACUGUAAAACUGCUUAUUCCACCCCUACGUUUUGAUUGUGAAUUGAAGAGAGAUGAGGGAAGGUUUUGAGUUUGAUAAUGGCAAGUGAUAACUCGCUGCAACUAGAAAGCUAUUAAAGAGUGUUUGUCUGCUUUCUCCUCUGCUGUGUUCGAAGCUCAGUUUUCAGAUUUCGCCACGCAAACCCUAACGCUUCCAACUUGCAGUUGCUUCUCUCAACAGGUUUUGCAGGUUUUGACCAAAAGGAGCUGUAUAAUACAUUAUUGGAAUUUGAUUAGUAGAGUUACGAUGGAUUUUGACGAGUAUGAGUAUUUAGAGAAAGCAGUUGAAAAUGCUGAAGUUAAGAAGGAGAAGCAUAGGGCUAAUGGUAGUGAUAGAAGUGUGAAGUCUGAAGAGAGAGGGCAUGGUCGGAGUGCUAAGCAUAAGAGUGGCGAGAAGGAUGACGACGACGUUGAAUUCCAUUCCAGACAUUCAAAAUCUGGAGAUGAUUCCCGCCAUUAUGAGAGGAAGAGAGAAAGAGGCUCCUCUCGGCAAGGUUUGCAGUACAGAGAUGGAGUGAAGGAAAAAGAUCAGCACAGAAGCUCUGGGGGCAGUAGGGAUAGGAAGAGGGAUAGAGACAGAGGCCAUGAGAACAAGGAUGGGAAGAGAGGUAGGGAGAGAGAGAGAGAUCGCGAGCGCGACCAAGAAAGGGAUAGAAGGGACCGAGGAAGUGAGAGUGAACAGGAACACCGCAGCAGAAGUAGAUCCGAAAGGCAUCGGAGUGAUCCGGAUGACAGAGACAGAGAAACAAUUCUUGAUAAAGACAGAGAAAUAAGCCGGGAUAAGGAUUUCAGAGACAGAGAAAGGGUGAGGGAAACAAGGGAACGGGUUAGAGAAAGCAGGUCCCUCACUCUCUCGUACUGCCAUCAAUCCAAGUUGGUGAUGCUGUUUCAAUAUAAGAUUUUGUUUUAUUUAUAUAAGGCCUGUGUUCACGUGGAUUUGGGCUUUAUACAUGUAAAGACCAUUUGCUGCCAUGUUGCGAAUUUAAGGAACAUGGAAAUUUUGUGUUGGGAAAUAUGGCGACAUAAAGAGAAAAAGGAAGAAGCAACACAACCUGAUCCUGAUCCUGAAAGAGAUCAAAGAACUGUGUUCGCCUAUCAGAUUUCUCUGAAAGCUGAUGAAAGAGAUGUAUACGAGUUCUUCUCAAGGGCUGGCAAGGUACGGGAUGUUCGCUUGAUUAUGGACCGGAAUUCAAGGCGUUCUAAGGGUGUUGGGUAUAUUGAGUUUUAUGAUGCCAUGUCUGUCCCAAUGGCAAUAGCUCUUUCAGGCCAACCUGUCCUAGGUCAACCAGUGAUGGUGAAGCCGUCAGAAGCAGAAAAGAAUUUGGUUCAGUCCACAACAUCUGUUGCUGGUGGAUCCACUGGACUUAUAGGUCCGUAUUCUGGGGGAGCAAGAAGGCUCUAUGUUGGGAAUCUGCAUAUCAGUAUGAGUGAAGCUGAUAUUCGUAAGGUAUUUGAAGCAUUUGGUCAGGUUGAGCUAGUCCAGCUGCCUCUCGAUGAAAGUGGGCACUGCAAAGGUUUUGGCUUUGUACAGUUUGCACGACUUGAAGAUGCCAGAAAUGCUCAGAGCUUGAAUGGUCAAUUAGAGAUUGGUGGUCGUACAAUCAAGGUAUCAGCUGUUACUGAUCAAUCUGGAAUGCUAGAGGCUGGAGGAAAUACUGGUGAUUUUGAUGAUGAUGAUGAAGGAGGUGGCUUGUCCUUGAAUGCAUGUUCUCGAGCAAUACUAAUGCAGAAGUUGGAUCGUAGUGGCACUGCAUCAAGCAUGGUUGGUUCCCUGGGUAAUUCUGUUGUCAACCACACAGGUCUUAAUCUACCAGCAACUGGAAACAUACUUGCAGCUGUGCCCGGGGGUUCUCCCCUUUCUUCUAUUCCUGCCGUAUCUGGGUUGUCAGGUGGAGGUCUCCAAAUUCCCAUGGCUACAAUUCCUACUAUUGAUACAAUUGGUGUUCCAAGUGAAUGCUUAAUGUUAAAGAACAUGUUUGAUCCCAAGGACGAGACUGAACCAGAUUUUGAUUUGGAUAUUAAAGAAGAUGUUGAAGCAGAAUGCUCUAAGUUUGGGACGUUAAAACAUAUAUAUGUUGAUAAGAAGAGUGCUGGUUUUGUCUACUUACGUUUUGAAGAUACCCAAUCUGCAAUAAGUUCUCAGCGGUCCUUGCACGGACGAUGGUUUGCUGGGAAGAUGAUCACAGCGAGCUUCAUGGUGCCUCAGUCAUACGAAGAUAAGUUCCCGGACAGCAGAUAAACUGCUGAAUUGUUGCAUGAUGCGGAAUCUCGUGGCCGAAAUAAUCAUCUUCAGAAUUAUAUAACUGCUUUUACUUGUCUUGGAUUGGCUAAAAGGAGCUGUUUAUAAAACUCGCAUAAUUUUUUGGGGGGUGUUUGCUUUUUAUAAGAGUCUGUUACAGUAUUACUGUUGUGGCUGGGCAGUGGUAUUGAUUGGAACAAAGGUUUUUUGAUGCCACAAACAUUGAUGUAAUUCAACUUGGGCUGAUGCCAAUCACAGUUUUGAUGUAUCCUCACUUUCUUUGUGGACAUUGGCAUAAGCCUGAAAGGAAACCCCCCAUAAUCGGUUGGUCAA